AUGCACUCUGGUGUUUACGGAGGUGCUGUUCCAAACCCAAUUAAUGUUCUUGCAACAAUGAUUGGAAAAUUAAUCAACGAAAAAGGUCAUAUUACUAUUCCUGGAUUUUAUGAUACAAUCUUAGAAUUGAACGAGGACGAAAAAGCUGAUUUAGCCAAAAUUCCUUUCGAUUUAGGUGACUACAAAAAAUCUAUCGGAAUUGCUAAUAUACAAGGAGAAGAAGGUUUCUCUACAAUAGAACGUGCUUCUAUCCGUCCUACGUUAGACGUAAACGGUAUUUGGGGAGGUUACACUGGCGAAGGUGCAAAAACUGUAAUUCCUUCUCAUGCUUACGCAAAAAUAUCUAUGCGUUUGGUUCCUGGGCAAGAUCCUGAUGUUGUAACACAACAAUUUGUAGAUUAUUUCCCAACGUUGGCUCCAGAUUCUGUAGAAGUAAAAAUAAAACCACAUCACGGUGGUAAACCUUAUAUUUUACCUACAAAUCACAAAGGUUUCCAAGCUGCAAAAAAAGCAUUAGCAGAAACUUUCGAAAAAGAAGCAUUAGCAGAACGUGGCGGAGGUCUAACAUUCCUAUCGUUUUGCACUUUUCGAAGAAGAAUUACGGAACGAAAUCUUUUAAAUGGGAUUCGGAUUAAACUCUGA